AUUAAGAGUUUGAAAGCUUAAGGUUCCUACAUUGAGCUGAUAUCUACCGCCGACGGAACUUAACAGUCCACUCUCCCAACCACCAUUCCGUUCCCCGCAAAAACAAAAUUGUUUGAUGCGUUUCUUGUAGUACCUAGACUGCAAAAGAAGUUUGAUUAUGACCACUCCCAACCUUCUGAUGUUAGUUCCAGGUUAAUAAGUCCUGAGGCAUUGGGGACUUGAGAGAUUCAGAUGGGUUAGUUGCAAGAUGGCAGAUCCUUAUGCCAUGGCCUUGGGGACUUCAUUAACUGUUUCGUCUGUAGUUUCCAUAACAUUGUUCGUCUCUCUGCUCUGUCUUUGCAUCAUAAUUGGUCACCUUUUGGAGGAGAACAGAUGGAUGAAUGAGUCAAUUACAGCUCUUGUAAUCGGCAUCGUCACUGGAGUGAUUGUUUUGGCAAUCAGCAAAGGUAAGAGUUCUCAUAUUCUGGUGUUCAACGAGGAGCUCUUCUUCAUCUAUCUUCUGCCACCAAUCAUUUUCAAUGCUGGAUUUCAGGUGAAGAAGAAACAAUUUUUUCACAACUUCAUGACCAUUUCAUUAUUUGGAGCAGUUGGUACCUUCGUAUCCUUUUGUAUUAUAUCUAUAGGUUCAUUAUUACUCCUUCAGAAAUUUGAUAUUCAGUCGCUGGGUAUUGGGGAUUAUCUAGCCAUUGGAACUAUAUUCUCUGCCACAGACUCAGUUUGUACUCUCCAGGUUCUCAACCAGGAUGAGACACCUCUGCUUUAUAGUUUAGUGUUUGGAGAAGGUGUUGUAAACGAUGCUACCUCUAUUGUACUUUUCAAUGCAGUUUCUAAUGCCGAUCUCAGUGAUAUUGAUGGAAUGGCAGCCCUAAAAUUAUUUGGGAACUUCAUUUAUCUUAUUUUAACUAGCACUGCACUAGGUAUUGCGGCAGGCCUUCUAAGUGCUUAUAUCAUCAAAAAACUGUAUUUUGGAAGGCAUUCUACUGAUCGGGAAAUUGCAAUUAUGUUGCUCAUGGCUUAUCUAUCAUACAUGCUAGCUGAACUGGGCAACCUCAGUGGGAUUCUGACCGUUUUCUUUUGUGGCAUUGUCAUGUCUCAUUAUACGUGGCACAAUGUUACUCAAAGCUCAAGGAUUACAACCAGGCAUGCAUUUGCAACUAUGUCCUUUAUUGCUGAAACUUUUAUCUUCCUCUAUGUGGGCAUGGAUGCAUUGGAUAUUGAUAAAUGGAAAAUGGUGGAAGGAAGUCCAGGUAAAUCUGCUGAAAUUGCUGCCAUUCUCUUGAGCUUAAUUUUAGUAGGAAGGGCAGCUUUUGUCUUCCCCAUUGCAUGGUUGUCGAAUUGCUGCAGAGCACUUGAUGCCAAACUUGAGUAUAAGCAACAGAUCAUUAUAUGGUGGUCUGGUCUAAUGAGAGGCUCAGUUUCCAUGGCACUGGCUUACAGACAGUUUACAACUUCGGGAACUACAAAGUUACAAGGCCAUGCUCGUAUGAUUACAAGCACCAUAAUUGUGGUAGUUUUCAGCACAGGGGUAUUUGGAUUUAUGACAAAGCCUAUGAUCAGAUUUAUGCUAUUUCGAAAUGUAAAGGACAGGCAAAAUAGCGAAUCAGAGCCCAUUAUCCCAAAGGAUUCACAAACUCCACUUCUUAAUAAUGACAAUGGGGAGGAUCUGGAAGCUCAAAGUGUUGUAAGGAGAAAUAGCAUUCAGGCGCUUUUUCACGCUCCUACAUCUACUGUGCAUCACUGGUGGCGCAAAUUUGAUGACACAUUCAUGCGUCCUGUAUUUGGGGGUCGAGGAUUUGUUCCUUUAGAACCAGCCUCUUCAUCCCAUUUGAAUAUAAAUGCCUAAAAACCAAGAUUGUAUAAAUUUCUUCUCUCCAUACUUUGGAACCUAAUGGUCCCAUUUUUGACCUUGCAAAUCACUAUACAAUUACCUUGAUCCAUUUUCUACAGUAGUUAUAAAAAUGGAUAUAUGGACCUUGAUUUCCUAUAUUUUCAUUUAAAUAUAAUUUUUUCCUAAUCAAUAAGUUUAUCAAAGCUCAUUGAGUUGAGAAUCCUAAAACGAACGUCAAUUGCAAAUUUGGUAAACGAAUUUUAUAAUUUGGGCUUGGAUAAUUGUAUAAAGAUUGUCGAGUAUGUUUUUUAUUUUGUUGA